AUGAAGUCACAUUUGAAAUGUAAAACAAAUAGAUUAGAAGCUUGCAAAAAUAUAUUUUUUGAAAACGAGAAACAGGCGCUUGAAACCAUCAAAGACUUUAAUGAAAAACUGCACCACAUGCUACGAGAAAGCAUUCAGGAGGAUAUCUCAACGGACGAUGACAAUAUUAACAACCAGCAUGAUAAUUUAUUAAAAGGAGAACCAACUCUGCAAACAUCCUUGCUGGUCAUACAAAAAUUUUUGGUUGGAAUGAAGAAGAAAGAUGUCGAAAAUUAUUUACAGCAGAAAUCCCUAAUGGAACAAGUGAGUCAACAAAGGACCAGAAUUUUAUCAAUGGAAAGUCAAUUGAAUGAAACUAUUCUGAGCAGUGAAAUUAUUGCAAAAAAUUUGAGAACAGAACUUGAAGAAGUUACUACAAAUUUGACUAAAGAAAAGAAAAUGGCGUCAUCGUUAGCAUCACAAUUGUCUGAGUGGAGGGAGAAAGUGCAGAUAUUGGAAAAAGAAGUGAGUCGAUAA